AUGCGAGCCCAGCAACUUAUCGAUGAGGCCAAUGAAGCAAAUCCAUACUGCCCUUUGCCACAGUCUCCUGAUCCUAUCUCCGUUGGCAUGGAACGCAACAGGCGAGCCCGGCAGCUUAUGUAUGAGGCGAACGAAGCCAAUCCGUAUCGCAAUUUACAACAACCACAUGGACCUCCCAGUCUAGCAGCCACUGGGAUUGACCGCCAAAGGCGAGCUCAGCAGCUCAUGGAUGAGGCGAGUUCAGCCGAUCCAUAUCACAAUUUGCCAUCACCACCUGGGGCUCUUUGCCUGUCUUCACUCGGAGUUGACUACCAGAGGCGAGCUCAGCAGCUCAUGGAUCAGGCAAGCGAAGCCAAUUCAUAUAGCGAAUUUCGAUUACCAGCUGGGGCUCCUUGCCUGACUCCGGCCAGUGUUGACCGCCAGAGGCGGGCUCAGCAACUCAUCGAUGAGUUGGACGAAGCCAAUCUAUACAGCACCGCAUACCACCCCACAUACCGGCUCAGGCGAGAUGAGCCGAGGGCCCGGAGCCGGAGCCCUUGCCCAAUGAAUCAGAGUAAAUUGGGAUAUCAAAACUCAUACGGAGGUAUGCAGAUACCUGGAACUACCUCUCCAUCCCAACUCCAUCCCCUGUCACCACAUAAUCGCCAUGUAAUCCUUUCCGCCAGCCCUGGGAUGGGAACAAGCGCUUCUGUUCAAAAUCGUGGCCGGGGCCCCCGCCGCAAGAAGGAUGCUGCCUCAAGUUCAGAUGAACUUCUCCAAGACGCUAGCCCGGCUAUCUAUAGCCAGGAUCCUGUUCUCCGGGAACUCUGCCAACAGUUGAGCAGCCCUGAUGAUGCAAUUGAUGGCAACGCGUCAGGCGGAGAUUCAGAUUGUGUGGUGUGCGAGUUCGCAGCACCUUGCCGCUUGAACGGAUCUCCAGACGGCUUCCAUUUCCGCAAGGUCGUCUCACAUGUCUUUGGCCGCAACAAAGCAGUGACCAAAAUCUUCCCUCAAGAGGUUUGGGUUCACUAUUGUCGCAAACACUACCAACGUGCCCGAUACAGGGCCAGACAGUGGCCCUUCACUCAGUGCGACCUACUUGUGGAGUCUCUUCGGCGAAUGGAGGAAUGGAAUGGAGUUGGAUCAUGGGACCUUGAGCUUCGCCGCCGCGAAAAGGAUCGUGUGAGCGCAGAAAAGGGAGAACCGGAGAAGAAGCCUUCUAAGAAAGACGGGUCUCAAAAGAACAAAGACACCAAAGACCGGACUCCUGGUAAAAAUCCCCGUAAGCAUCCAACGGCGAUUACUUCGCCUACUCCAAGUUGGCUUCAGGCUUGCGUUGGCGAGAAGAUGUCGUUCGAUGAAAUCCGUACCAUCAUUGAACGUAUCCGGGGCUGGAUGGCAGAGCUUCGUCGGAGAGAGAGAGAGGAGUAUGAGGCUGCCCAUCCAGACGAGAAAUUCCCAGAAGACAAAGACGAGGACGAGGACGACAAAAAUGAUCUUUUGCCACAAGCUAAGACCAAGCGCGCUUCAAAGCAAAAGCUCUCCAGCAUCCGUCCCAACAGCAGGGUGCAUUUCCCCGACAUUGAGAUUCUGCCAAACUUCAAGCCAUGGGUUCGAGAAGCAGCUCUGCGCCAGCGGUCUGCAACUGCCCAUCCUCUGGCCGAAGAUAGUUCCAAGCGCUAUGUUCCAAAGCAAAACGUUGACACGGGGCGCGCUACCGUGACGCGUCAAGAGACUCGCCGGGAGACUUGCCGGGAGCCUCCUCGCCGCCAAAUCCGACCUCUACACAACACUCUUCCUUUCCGGCCUUCUCUAGGUCCCGAGAUCAAUCAUCGCCAACCACCUGCACCCACUGCUUGUGAUAUCACCGCCCCCAACAGGACACUUGAGGGUACCAUCGGACGAGCUGGCAGCAACCGUGGAGUCUCGGCUAGCCAGCAGCGCCGCAGCGAGCGAGUCUACCAGCAAGCCUUGGAUCGUGUUAGCCCUCGAGGAAGCGUGAAGAAGCCCAAAGAGCCUGAUGAAAAGUAA